AUGGGUUUAAAGAAGAUAUUUUCUUCUGUCCGCUCUAACAACAGCGUUAAGUCUUCUGAUCACAGUGAAUCUGAAGCAACUGUCAUUGACCAGGGCAGCUCGGAAUUUGAAUCCAAUGAAAGCUUGAAUUUUCAAUUCGAAAGUGAGAAAACCGACUCUGCUUGCUCUACAGCUAUUCCUGAAGAGACGGGAGUAUAUCCCUCAAUUCCCAACAGCCCCAGCGAUCCUGCCAGUGAACAUGUUGUCUAUAGCGAUGACGAUGGUAGCGCCGAAAGUCCAAUUCAAGAUUCAAUUAAGGUAAUCAAUGGUCUCAACCUGAGCGUUGAUUUUGAUCCCCAAUUUCAGAAUACAAUUGUCGGUUUAGAUGACAUCGAAGAAUUUAAAAGUGAUUACUGUGCUCUCAAGAAGGAAGAUGGGAAAUUGGCAUCCCAUACAUCUGAAUUAACAUCUAAUAACAAGGCACCAACCCCAAAUAAUGUUAGUAUACGAAGCCUGGCUAAGGAUCUUCGAAAGGAGAAUUUUGGAAUAAUUGAGCUUCCCUCAAAAGAUUCGAUUAGCCGUAAAAUGUAUGACAAGGUUGUAAAAGAAAGAUUAGAGACAUUUUUGGUGAAUCGAGAAUUGAAGACGGAGAUAGCUGCAUUGAGCCAAUUGGUAGUUAGUCUCAAUCACAUACAUAAUGACACGAUGAGAAAUUUGCAAAUUGAAGCAUUUAGGGCUCAAACUUUUGAAAAUGCUUUGAUUACCACCAGGCAUCAAGCUGAAGCUGAAAAGGCCGGCUUACACCAGGUGAUUGAUAAUUUGACUGAGACUAAUGAAGAAUUGACUGCUGGUGCAGAAAAAAUGAAAUGUGGUUACGAAGAAAUCAUCUCUGAGCUAAUCAAGCAAAGAAUUGAUGAUUUGCAACAGCUAAAGUCAAGAACACAAGCAGAUAAAUUGGCUCUUGAAAAUGCUCAAAGACUGCAGAGGGAAAAAUUGAAUUGUAUGUCUCUAUUGAAUAAUUCACAAGGGGAAGACCAUGAAUUACAAAGAAGCGCCCAAAGGAGUGAUCAACGACAAUCGCAGGAUUUACAAGCCCACCAUGAAGAAUUGAUCAAGAAAUUUUGUGUCCAGUAA